AUGGAGUACAAGUUGCUGUUGCUGUUGCUUCUAUCGUGUUUAUCGGCAGCGCGCAGGCAUUGGAGCAUACGCAAGCCCACCAAUUCGGUGAGCAUAAGACAGAGUUCUGUGGGCAUGUGCAGGAAUCAGGCGAGUGGCAGCUUUGUGGAGCAUCCGGAUGACUGUCGAAUGUUCUAUCUCUGCCAGGAUAAUGGAGAUGCGGUGCUUGCCUCGUGUCCGUCAAAUAUGUAUUACAAUAAGCAGAACAAGAUUUGUGAUACGGCCGACAAUGCUAGAUGCCAGAAUAAGACAAACGAGGAUAUUGCUGUUAAGCCUGGAAAUAAUGAGCAUAAUCUCAAUAGCAUGAUCACAGACGCGGCUAACUAUUGUGCCACCUUAACACCGCAGGCGGGCAAUGAUCACAUUGUCUAUGUGGGCAGCUCGGCUAGUUGCAAUAGCUAUUAUAUUUGUUACUAUGGACAGGCGAUACUUCAAGAGUGCAGUCAGGAGUUGCAUUGGAAUGCCGUGACAGCCAAAUGUGAUCUGCCGGAGAGGGCGAGAUGUACCUUGGACGAGGAUAUAGUGCCUUCGAGGCCACCAAGUGAUAUUACGAGUGAACUAUUGCAUUGUCCUGCUUAUGGACAGCAUCUGUAUCCGCAUAUGCAGCGUUGUGAAUUCUUCAUAUAUUGUGUCAAAGGUCAUGCUACGUUGCAACAGUGCCCGUUUUACUACUUUUUCGAUGUGAUAACUAAGACUUGUCAAUGGUCACGCACGGCGCUGUGUGUGCGAGAUUUGAAUUUUCCGCGUCAUUAG